AUGACGCGCCUGGCCUGUCUCAAGGUCGACUCACUAAGUUCCCAUCUGGGAAUAUCAUCUCCACUGAGCCCAGGCUUGAAUCACACCAUUACAUUCGCCCAAUCCCUCGACGACCGACUCUCCACUCUUGCGCUCCUGAUCCUGAUUCACCAUCCGGUCAAGGGAGGCAUGCACGCAUGCUGUACUCCAUCUGCAUUGUCUCCCUCUCGUGUCCACCUUCCGUGCCUCCGACGAGGAAAAUGGUUCUUAACCCGACGGCGACCUGCCGUUGUCAUUUAUCGCCGUCUUUUGGAGGAGCAAGGCGUUUUAUCGGGAUCGUGUCAGAUCAACGAUACACGGAAUCUGGCGCUAAAUCUCCACGCAAAGUGCUUCCGUGACCACAGAUGGGUCGACCCACUACGCAUUUUUCCUAAUGCAGGAUACUACAUCAACCUCCUGGGCGUUUCACGGCACUUGGAACGUGAUCGUAGUUACGCAUGCGAACGAUCUCGUACGAUCGUCUGGAUCACUUCUCGUUGGACUAUCUCAUUACAUCCUUCGAAGUAUGGCAAAAUGAUCCCCGAUGACCGGCUGCAUAAGGCAGGCUUGGUGAAUCUCUAUUGCGCGUGUUGGCACAUCUACCAGCAGGAAGGCAUAGUACAUCCAGAUCGUGUGAUACAUGAGAUAUCUGCUGUAUCCAAUCCCUCGCAAAUCAAGAAAGACGGUGAAGGAGCAUGCGUUUCUGCGCAUGAUGAAGCAGAUAUUCGCAGCAUAGCAUAG